GCGCGCGGCGCGGCGACAGGGGCGGGGCCCUCGGGGCGCGCCCGGAUCGGGGCGAGGAUGGCGACCCCGGACCAGAAGUCGCCCAACGUUCUGCUGCAGAACCUGUGCUGCCGGAUCCUGGGCAGGAGCGAAGCUGAUGUAGCCCAGCAGUUCCAGUAUGUCGUGCGAGUUAUUGGCAGCAACUUUGCCCCAACUGUUGAAAGAGAUGAAUUUCUAGUAGCUGAAAAAAUCAAAAAAGAACUUAUUCGACAAAGAAGAGAAGCAGAUGCUGCUUUAUUUUCAGAGCUCCACAGAAAGCUUCAUUCACAGGGAGUUUUGAAAAAUAAAUGGUCAAUACUCUACCUCUUGCUGAGCCUUAGUGAAGACCCACGCAAGCAGCCAAGCAAGGUUUCUAGUUAUGCUACUUUAUUUGCUCAGGCAUUGCCAAGAGAUGCCCAUUCCACUCCCUACUACUACGCCAGGCCUCAGACUCUCCCGCUGAACUACCAGGAUCGAAGCAGCCAGUCAGUGCAGGCCUCCGGCAGUCUGGGCAGCAGCGGCAUCAGCAGCAUAAGCGUGUAUGCCCUCAACGGCCCAGCCCCAACACCACAGACUCUCCUUUCGGGACAGUCUCAUCAAGCUCCAGGAGUAGGAGACUGCCUUCGACAGCAGUUGGGGCCACGUCUUGCAUGGACUCUCACUGCAAAUCAGCCUUCUUCACAAACCACUACCUCAAAGGGUAUCCCAAACACCUUUUCUCGCAAUGCGACAAGGUCAAGGAGAGAAGGAGACACAGGUGGUACUGUGGAAGUUACAGAAGCAGCUCUUGUAAGAGACAUUUUGUACGUCUUCCAGGGCAUAGAUGGCAGAAACAUCAAAAUGAGCAACACCGAAAAUUGUUAUAAAGUGGAAGGAAAGGCGAACCUAAGUAAAUCUUUGAGGGAUACAACAGCCAGACUUGCUGAAUUGGGAUGGUUACAUAAUAAAAUCAGGAAAUACACUGACCAGAAGAGUCUGGACCGCUCAUUUGGACUUGUAGGUCAGAGCUUUUGUGCUGCCUUGCACCAAGAACUCAAAGAGUACUACCGAUUACUCUCUGUUUUACACUCCCAGCUACAGCUAGAGGAUGAUCCGGGUGUGAAUUUGGGACUUGAGAGUAGCUUAACACUGAGGCGCCUCCUGGUUUGGACGUAUGAUCCCAAAAUAAGACUGAAGACUCUGGCGGCCCUGGUCGAUCACUGUCAAGGAAGGAAAGGAGGUGAGCUGGCCUCAGCCGUUCACGCCUACACGAAGACAGGAGACCCCUACAUGAGGUCCCUGGUGCAGCACAUUCUCAGCCUCGUGUCCCAUCCUGUCCUGAGCUUCCUGUACCGCUGGAUAUAUGACGGGGAGCUUGAGGACACUUACCAUGAAUUUUUUGUGGCAUCAGAUCCAACAGUUAAAACAGAUCGAUUGUGGCAUGACAAGUAUACUUUGAGGAAAUCAAUGAUUCCUUCAUUCAUCACAAUGGACCAGUCUAGGAAGGUCCUUUUGAUAGGAAAAUCGAUAAAUUUCUUGCACCAGGUUUGUCAUGAUCAGACUCCCACUACAAAGAUGAUAGCUGUGACCAAGUCUGCAGAGUCGCCCCAGGAUGCUGCAGAUUUAUUCACAGAUUUAGAAAAUGCAUUUCAGGGGAAAAUUGAUGCUGCUUAUUUUGAGACCAGCAAAUAUCUAUUGGAUGUUCUCAGUAAGAAAUACAGCCUGCUGGACCACAUGCAGGCGAUGAGGCGGUACUUGCUUCUUGGUCAAGGAGACUUUAUAAGGCACUUGAUGGAUUUACUGAAGCCAGAACUUGCUCGUCCAGCUACGACUUUGUAUCAACAUAACUUGACUGGAAUUCUUGAAACCGCUGUCAGAGCCACCAAUGCCCAGUUUGACAGUCCCGAGAUCCUGAGGAGGCUGGAUGUGAGGCUGCUGGAGGUCUCUCCAGGCGACACUGGGUGGGAUGUCUUCAGCCUGGACUACCAUGUCGAUGGACCAAUCGCAACUGUGUUUACUCGAGAGUGUAUGAGCCACUACCUGAGAGUGUUUAACUUCCUCUGGAGGGCCAAGCGGAUGGAGUACAUCCUCACUGACAUACGGAAGGGACACAUGUGCAACGCGAAACUUCUGAGGAACAUGCCGGAGUUCGCUGGGGUGCUGCACCAGUGUCACGUGCUGGCCUCUGAGAUGGUCCAUUUCAUCCAUCAGAUGCAGUAUUACAUCACGUUUGAGGUGCUUGAAUGUUCUUGGGAUGAGCUUUGGAACAAAGUCCAGCAGGCCCAGGACCUGGACCACAUCAUUGCAGCACACGAGGUGUUCUUGGACACCAUCAUCUCCCGUUGCCUGCUGGAUGGCGACUCCAGGGCACUUCUAAACCAGCUUAGAGCUGUGUUUGAUCAGAUUAUUGAACUUCAGAAUGCUCAGGAUGCAAUAUACAGAACUGCUUUGGAAGAAUUACAGAGACGAUUGCAGUUUGAAGAGAAAAAGAAACAGCAUGAAAUUGAGGGCCAGUGGGGAGUGACGGCGGCAGAGGAAGAGGAGGAGAAUGAGAGGAUUCAAGAGUUUCGAGAAUCUAUACCAAAAAUGUGUUCGCAGUUGCGAAUAUUGACACACUUCUACCAGGGUAUCGUGCAGCAGUUCCUGGUGUUGUUGACGACCAGCUCUGAUGAAAGUCUCCGGUUUCUCAGCUUCAGGUUGGACUUCAACGAACAUUAUAAAGCUCGAGAGCCACGACUCCGCAUGUCUCUGGGCACCAGAGGGCGACGCUGCUCCCGCACGUGAGGCGCCUGCGUCACCCCAGGGAGCUUCAGGUGCUGUGACCAGCGUCAUUGACAUAAACAUUCACAUGCAGGUCCUCGGGGCAGCGACAUGCUGCGGUGUACCCCAUUCCUGCCCAUGCAUCUCAGCGUGUCAGCGGCUUGGUGCACGGGGGAACUAAAGUCCUGUGUCAUGCGUCGGAGUGCAGUGUAUUUGCGAUAUCAAGGAGUUAAAUAGGCUGGUUUGCAUCACUCAAGCUUAUUUCUAAAAGUCUUUCUAGUGAAAAGAUACCAGAACUUGUUGUGGCUUCUUAAGCUCACUGUACAUCAUUUAUAUUUGUCAUGUUUUAAAACAAUUCAUUUCUUUUAGAGAUAAUUAGGGUGAAGGGUAUUUAUCAGUUAACACAGUAAAGUGAUUGCUAUUUUUUUAACAUCUUCACAGGCAAUUUUUGUUAACAUAAUCAGAUUAAAUUGAAACAAAUGUCCCUACAAAUAAAAUAUAGAGAGUAUUUUAUUUCAGUUUUUUUCAAUGCUGUAAACUAUUAACCUCUAUGAAAACCUUUGUAUCUUAAUGCAUUUACCUUUACACAUGUUUAUUCUUAUUUUCUCUUCUUUCAAAGUUUACAUUUUUAUAUUCAAUUUACUAUUUCAGAUAACUUCUAAAAUAGUAUAGAAAAAAGGAGUGACAUAGAAGAAAAACAUCCUUAAUCGGUGCAGCCAAAUUUCUCGAAACCAUCAGCUGACACUGUGUAAAUAUGAGUGACUAAAAAGUUAAUGUACUAUUUUAUUUUCAGAAUUCUGAUAAGCAUUGGAAAGAAAUUGACUUAGAUAAUGAAGAUUUCCUUUUCCUUGCCUAUUUUUUCAUUGUAAAUAUUUAUCUACUACUAACCAGAUGAUGGGGGCACUGUUUUUUGUAAAAAUGUCAUGUCUGGCCACAUAAAUCUGCCUUUAUUAUGUUGCCUAAGUGAAAACUUAGAAAUUAAAAAUUAAAUUAUCUUUCAAA